UUUUAUAUAACGAUUGAAACAUAGUAAUUUCAUUAAUCAGCCUUAUUAAGUCCAUCUUUCAAAAAAAAAAAGGUUGAGGAAAAUUAAUAGAGGCGGCUUGAUAAAAAACUUCUGUUAAAUGAAUACUGAAGAAUUUUUAGUAGAUUCUUCCGAUGAACUCUCGGCAGAUCAACAGAAACAAUUGAAUUUUCAGCUUUCCCUUUACCGUAUUCUUUCUCGGUCAGAGGAAUUACCGGAUGAGUUUUCAAAGCGUUUUAAGUUUAUGACUAAGAAUGAACACUACCUUGAUAGCUUUAGUAAAGUUAAACCUGGGAGCGUGGUUGAAAAAAAGAUGUCAUUUUAUCGCAAUCAACUUGAAACUCUCCCCUCCGAUUUAUCUCCUUCUCUCAAGUUUUCUUUGCUUUUAGAUCUAAGAGGGGUCUUCUUGGCUAACUUACAAAGUGAGGUGCGGAGGGAUGUGUGUGUUUACGAAAAGAAAAACUCCUUUUUUUAUGCCUUGAGUAAAAGAACUAGUACCUUGCGUGCCCGCUUUAGUUAUAUAAGAGACUUGUCAGCCACAGACCAGUUUGAAGCACGCUAUAUCGCCAAUCUUCGAAGCAAAAAACGUUUAUUACAAGAAAAGUACUUGAAAGCGGUGGUUCAGGGCGCUGCUGACUUUAUCUCUUUCCAUCGUCAGUGUCGCGGCGAGCUCUCCAAGGUGGUUGCUUCCAUGGUUCGUCACCAUCAAGCACUUGAGCAGGAGCUGAAGAGGCGAGAACAACUCCUCGAAAGGGAGCGCAUGCGGAUGCUCAUGGAAGACAAUGAGGACGAAUACCGCAAGCUUGUAAAAGAAAAAAAGGACUCGCGGCUGGCCUACUUAUUAAACCAGACGGAUGCGUAUGUACAGAAAUUUAAAGAGCUUGUGAAAGCGAGACAACAAGGGCGAGCGGCCACAGGUGAACACAAGAAUCGAGAAGUGCAGGACGCGGUGGAGGCUCCCGAUGUGGCGCCCCCUAACUUGGAUGAUGCUGACGACGACCGGGACGACGAGCGGGGCAGGCAGAGGUCUUAUUACAUGCUGGCUCACAGUCUCGGGGAGGAGGUCUUGCAGCAGCCCUCCAUCCUCGUCGGCGGUCUGCUCAAGCCCUACCAGAUGAAAGGCUUAGAAUGGCUGGUGUCGCUUUUCAAUAACAAUCUGAACGGGAUUCUAGCUGACGAAAUGGGGCUGGGCAAAACGAUUCAGUCGAUAUCACUGAUUGCUUAUCUGCACGAAGUCAAACAGUUCAAAGGUCCUUACCUUCUCGCCGUGCCGCUAUCUACCAUCUCCAAUUGGCGGAUAGAGUUUCAGAAGUGGGCGCCUUCCAUCCCUGUCUUAGUGUAUAAAGGAAAGCCACACGAAAGAAAAUAUUUGCAGAGCAAACUUCGCACCAGCGAGUUUGAAGUCUGCUUAACGACGUAUGAAUUCAUUAUGAAGGACAAGUCAUCUCUGGGCAGAGUGAAGUGGCAGUAUUUGAUCGUGGAUGAGGGCCACCGCAUAAAAAAUAAAGAUGCCAAGCUUACUGUGAUUCUGGCGGACUACUAUAAAAUCCCUCACCGCCUGCUGCUCACCGGAACACCAUUGCAAAAUUCGUUGCCAGAGCUUUGGGCUCUUAUGAACUUUCUGCUGCCCGAUAUAUUCAAUUCAUGUCAAACAUUUGAGGAUUGGUUUAAUAGGCCUUUUGCCAACACCGGCGAGAAGGCCGAACUGAAUGCAGAAGAAACCAUUCUUGUUAUCCGGGGCUUGCACAAGGUGCUGAGGCCCUUUUUAUUGCGGAGACUGAAGUCCGAGGUAGAGGCGCAACUCCCCCAAAAGCAGGAGUACGUUAUCAAAGUUGGGAUGACGCCCCUUCAACAGCGUCUAUACGAUAGAAUCAAGUCCAAAAUUAUAGUCACCGAAGGCCUUGGAGGGCAGAUGAAGACAAAAUCGCUGAACAAUACACUCGUCCAGCUUAGAAAGUGUUGCAACCAUCCUUACCUUUUUGAAGAUGUCGAGGAAAUGAUGCCUGCUGAGUUUCUAAUGGGGCGCAACUUGUACAGAGUCUCUGGUAAGUUUGAGUUGCUGGACAGAACCUUCGAGAAGUUGAGAGCUUCCGGGCAUCGUGUCCUGGUCUUCUGCCAGAUGACACGACUCAUGUCUGUAUUAGAGGAUUACUUUGAAUGGAAAGCCUAUAAAUAUCUCCGGCUGGACGGCUCAACAUCCAGCGAAAAGCGGGAUCAUAUGCUUAGCCUUUUUAAUGCCGAGCGCAGCGAGUAUUUUGUGUUCAUGCUGAGUACGAGGGCCGGAGGCCUUGGGUUGAACUUGCAAUCUGCCGAUACGGUCAUUAUAUUUGAUAGCGACUGGAACCCCCAUCAGGAUCUUCAGGCUCAAGAUAGAGCACACAGAAUAGGACAAAAAAGAGAAGUCAGGGCGCUACGCCUGGUCACCACUAACAGCGUUGAGGAGUAUAUAUUGGAAGCUGCUUUAAGGAAGUUGAGCAUGGACGCUAAGGUUAUUCAAGCCGGACGCUUCGAUAAUAAAACUACGGCGGAUGUUAGAAGACAACUUUUAGAGGAGCUUGUCCAGAAAGACCAGGAGCAAGAAGAAGGCAGGGAAAACCUAACACAUACUUUGGAGGAAGUCAACGAAAUGCUUGCCAGGAAUGACGAGGAAUUUGAACUUUUUCAAAAAAUCGAUGCCCAGCUUAUUGCCGAAGCGGGAGGGCUAGAAAACAGAUUUAUUAAAGAAAGUGAACUGCCGCCGCUGCUAUUACUUCCGGAGCCUGAUUUGAUUAAGUCUACCACUGUUCCGUAUGGCAGAGGCUACCGUGAGCACUCAGGCAUCCACUACAACGAAACGGCGUCCGACAAAGAACUCAGCGAAUCAAUGAAGGAAGAGUACGGAAGCUUCUCGACUACAAAAAAAUAUGUAAAUGGUCGGGCACGGAAGGUCAAUAGAGACGACUCAGAAAAGGAGGACCCUUCAAGCUACAGACGGGGUGUAAAGACUAAGACAGGGAGCAGCCUCGAGACAUAUAAUAGAAUAACUCGUAAGAAACGGAAGACGGCUGCAGAGAAAAAUUUACGUCAUUCUUUAAAGUCUCUACGCCAACCUUCUGGUGCGAGAGGCUUAAAGAGGAGGGACGGCCGCGGGAGGUCUAAAAAGAAGACUGCUAAAUGCGGAAGGAAGAAACAGAGGACAGUGAUUGAUGAAGCGUUUUCGGGGAGCAGCGAUGUUUACGAAGAAAUGAAUCGCAUUUACUACGCACUUCUUGAUUACAAGAUAGCCGGACGAAGUGUUGUAGAGCUGUUUAUAAGCCUUCCAAGUCGUGAAGAGUAUCCCGAUUAUUACGAAGUCAUUGAGAAUUUAAUAGAUUUAACCAUGAUAAAGCAAAAAAUCGACUCCAGAGAGUAUCGUUGUCUAGCCGAUUUAGAACGGGACGUUCGUCUGCUUGUCACUAACGCCAAAACAUAUAAUGAAAGGACCUCUCAAGUUUAUAAGGACGCCACCCUUUUGCUGAACUUUUUUUUGAAAAGCAAAGAGUCGAUAGGCGCUCCAGAUAAAAUGCUUCCUUCGAGCUUUAUGGCGUUACUGUGACUGAACCUUAGAAAUGGUAGGAAUGCACUGCGACUAGUAACGGCGUUGGCCUUCCACUUAAAAGCAGCACGCACAUGGUUGUGACCUUGAAUAAAGCUUUUAACCUUCUAAUUUAGUUAUAUUGGCUCCACCACACUCACGUUUUCGACCAAAAUUACACCUCUUUGUGGAAAAAAGAAACGGAAAGUUAAACGAAGCGAGUGGGUUGUUGUAUGUUAAAGCCGCGUCUAGUCAUUACCUCUUUAGUGGCUCCUGCGCAAGAAAAGAAG